GCGCGGGGAUGGGGCCCAGCCGGCCGGCCCCAGCGCCCUGGCCUCGUCACCUGCUGCGCUGCGCCCUGCUCCUCGGGAGCCUGCGCCUCGGCCGCCCCGCCGCCCUCCAGGAACCCAAUGUCUUCCUCAUCUUCAGCCACGGACUGCAGGGCUGCCUGGAGGCCCAGGGUGGGCAGGUCAGAGUCACCCCGGCCUGCAAUGCCAGUCUCCCUGCCCAGCGCUGGAAGUGGGUCUCCCGAAACCGGCUCUUCAAUCUGGGCACCAUGCAGUGCCUGGGCACAGGCUGGCCGGGCACCAACACCACGGCCUCCCUGGGCAUGUACGAGUGUGACCGGGAGGCACUGAAUCUUCGCUGGCACUGUCGCACACUGGGUGAUCAGUUGUCCCUGCUCCUGGGGGGCCGCGCUGGCAACUUGUCCAAGCCUGGCACCCUUGAGCGGGGUGACCAGACCCGCAGUGGCCAGUGGCGCAUCUAUGGCAGCGAGGAGGAUCUAUGUGCCCGGCCCUACUAUGAGGUCUACACCAUCCAGGGGAAUUCCCACGGGAAGCCGUGCACCAUCCCUUUCAAAUAUGACAACCAGUGGUUCCACGGCUGCACCAGCACGGGCCGUGAGGACGGGCACCUGUGGUGCGCCACCACCCAGGACUACGGCAAGGACGAGCGCUGGGGCUUCUGCCCCAUCAAGAGUAAUGACUGCGAGACCUUCUGGGACAAGGACCAGCUGACUGACAGCUGCUACCAGUUUAACUUCCAGUCCACGCUGUCAUGGAGGGAGGCCUGGGCCAGUUGCGAGCAGCAGGGGGCCGAUCUGCUGAGCAUCACUGAGAUCCACGAGCAGACUUACAUCAACGGGCUCCUUACCGGGUACAGCUCCACCCUGUGGAUUGGCCUUAAUGACCUGGACACCAGUGGAGGUUGGCAGUGGUCGGACAACUCGCCCCUCAAGUACCUCAACUGGGAGAGUGAUCAGCCGGACAACCCAAGUGAGGAGAACUGUGGAGUGAUCCGCACUGAGUCCUCAGGCGGGUGGCAGAACCGCGACUGCAGCAUCGCGCUGCCCUAUGUGUGCAAGAAGAAGCCCAACGCCACGGCCGAGCCCAUCCCGCCAGACAAGUGGGCCAACGUGAAGGUGGACUGUGAGCCGAGCUGGCAGCCCUUCCAGGGCCACUGCUACCGCCUGCAGGCGGAGAAGCGCAGCUGGCAGGAAUCCAAGAAGGCGUGUCUGCGGGGCGGCGGCGACCUGCUCAGCAUCCACAGCAUGGCCGAGCUGGAAUUCAUCACCAAGCAGAUCAAGCAAGAGGUGGAGGAACUUUGGAUCGGCCUCAACGAUUUGAAACUGCAGAUGAAUUUCGAGUGGUCCGAUGGAAGCCUUGUGAGCUUCACCCACUGGCACCCCUUUGAGCCUAACAACUUCCGGGACAGUCUGGAGGACUGUGUCACCAUCUGGGGGCCGGAAGGUCGCUGGAAUGACAGUCCCUGUAACCAGUCCCUGCCGUCCAUCUGCAAGAAGGUGGGCCAGCCGAGCCAGGGGGCCGCUGAGGAGGACCACGGCUGCCGAAAGGGUUGGAAGUGGCACAGCCCAUCCUGCUACUGGCUGGGGGAGGACCAAGUGACCUACAGCGAGGCUCGGCGCCUGUGCACUGACCACGGCUCUCAGCUGGUCACCAUCACCAACAGGUUCGAGCAGGCCUUCAUCAACAGCCUCAUCUACACCUGGGAGGGUGAGCACUUCUGGACGGCCCUGCAGGACCUCAACAGCACCGGCUCCUUCCGCUGGCUCAGUGGGGACGAAGUCAUGUACACCCACUGGAACCGGGACCAGCCCGGGUACAGCCGCGGGGGCUGCGUGGCUCUGGCCACGGGCAGCGCCAUGGGGCUGUGGGAGGUGAAGAACUGCACCUCGUUCCGGGCUCGCUACAUCUGCCGGCAGAGCCUGGGCACCCCAGUGACGCCGGAGCUGCCUGGGCCAGACCCCACACCCAGCCUCACUGGAUCCUGUCCUCAGGGCUGGGCCUCGGACCCCAAACUCCGGCACUGCUAUAAGGUGUUCAGCUCAGACCGGCUACAGGACAAGAAGAGCUGGAUCCAGGCCCAGGGGGCCUGCCGGGAGUUGGGGGCCCAGCUGCUGAGCCUGGCCAGCUAUGAGGAGGAGCACUUUGUGGCCAACAUGCUCAACAAGAUCUUUGGUGAAUCAGAGCCCGAGAUCCACGAGCAGCACUGGUUCUGGAUGGGUUUGAACCGUCGGGAUCCUAGAGGGGGUCAGAGUUGGCGCUGGAGCGACGGCUUAGGGUUCUCCUACCACAAUUUCGACCGGAGCCGGCAUGACGAUGACGAUAUUCGGGGCUGCGCAGUGCUGGACCUGGCCUCCCUGCAGUGGGUGGCCAUGCAGUGCGAGACGCAGCUGGACUGGAUCUGCAAGAUCCCUAGAGGAGCGGACGUGCAGGAGCCCGAUGACAGCCCUCAAGGCGGGCGGGAGUGGCUGCGCUUCCAGGAGGCCGAGUACAAGUUCUUCGAGCACCACUCCACGUGGGUGCAGGCACAGCGCAUCUGCACAUGGUUCCAGGCCGAGCUGACCUCCGUGCACAGCCAGGCCGAGCUGGACUUCUUGGGGCACAACCUGCAGAAGUUCUCCCGGGGCCAGGAGCAGCACUGGUGGAUCGGCCUGCACACCUCCGACAAUGACGGGCGCUUCAGGUGGACAGAUGGUUCUGUUAUAAACUUCAUCUCCUGGGCACCAGGCAAACCUCGGCCUGUUGGCAAGGACAGGAAGUGCGUGUACAUGACGACCAGCCGAGAGGACUGGGGGGACCAGAGGUGCCUGACAGACUUGCCCUACAUCUGCAAGCGCAGCAACAGCACCCGAGAGAUGACGCAGCCCCCAGAGCUGCCACCUACAGCCCUAGGGGGCUGCCCCUCUGGCUGGAACCAGUUCCUCAACAAGUGUUUCCAAAUCCAGGGCCAGGACCCCCAGGACCGGGUGAAGUGGUCAGAGGCACAGUUCUCCUGUGAACAGCAAGAGGCCCAGCUGGUCACCAUUGCAAACCCCUUAGAGCAAGCAUUCAUCACAGCCAGCCUGCCCAAUGUGACCUUUGACCUUUGGAUUGGCCUCCAUGCUGCACAGAGGGACUUCCAGUGGGUGGAGCAGGAGCCACUGCUAUACACCAACUGGGCACCUGGGGAGCCCUCUGGCCCUAGCCCGGCUCCCAGUGGCAACAAGCCGACGAGCUGUGCGGUGGUCCUGCACAGCCCCUCAGCCCACUUCACUGGCCGCUGGGAUGAUCGGAGCUGCACGGAAGAGACACAUGGCUUCAUCUGCCAGAAGGGCACAGACCUUUCCCUGAGCCCAUCCCCAGCAGCGUCGCCCCCCGCCCCGGGCGCCGAGCUCUCCUACCUCAACGGCACCUUCCGGCUGCUGCAGAAGCCGCUGCGCUGGCACGACGCCCUCCUGCUGUGCGAGAGCCGCAACGCCAGCCUGGCCCGCGUGCCCGGGCCCUACACCCAGGCCUUCCUCACGCAGGCCGCCCGCGGGCUGCGCACGCCGCUCUGGAUCGGGCUGGCCAGCGAGGAGGGCUCCCGGCGGUACUCCUGGGUCUCAGAGGAGCCGCUGAGCUACGUGAGCUGGCAGGACGGGGAGCCCCAGCAGCCGGGGGGCUGUGCCUACGUGGAUGUGGACGGGACCUGGCGCACCACCAGCUGCGACACCAAGCUGCAGGGGGCCGUGUGUGGGGUUCACAGUGGGCCCCCACCUUCCCGAAAAAUAAGCUACCACGGCAGCUGUCCCCAGGGCCUGGCGGACUCGGCCUGGAUUCCCUUCCGGGAGCACUGCUACUCCUUCCACAUGGAGCUGCUGCUGGGCCACAAGGAGGCGCUGCAGCGCUGCCAGAGAGCGGGCGGGGCGGUCCUGUCCAUUCUGGAUGAGAUGGAGAACGUGUUUGUCUGGGAGCACCUGCAGAGCUCUGAGGGCCAGAGUCGGGGCGCCUGGCUGGGCAUGAACUUCAACCCCAAAGGAGGCACCCUGGUCUGGCACGACAACACAGCUGUGAACUACUCCAACUGGGGGCCCCCCGGCCUGGGCCCCAGCAUGCUGAGCCACAACAGCUGCUACUGGAUCCAGAGCAGCAGCGGGCUGUGGCGCCCUGGCGCCUGUACCAACAUCACCAUGGGCGUCGUCUGCAAGCUGCCUCGCGCCAAAGAGAGCAGCUCCCCACCAACAGCAGCGCUCCCGGAGAACCCGGCGGCCCUGGUGGUGGUGCUGAUGGCAGUGCUGCUGCUCCUGGCCCUGCUCACCGCGGCCCUCAUCCUCUACCGGCGGCGCCAGAGCAUGGAGCAGGGCGCCUUCGAGGGUGCCCGCUACAGCCGCAGCAGCUCCGGCCCCGGCGAGGCCACUGAGAAGAACAUCCUGGUGUCCGACAUGGAAAUGAAUGAGCAGCAAGACUAGAGCAAAGGGCGUGGGCAGGGCCGGGGCAGGAGGAGCUGGGGAACUGGGGCCCCGGUCGCCUGGGCCCCCAUCAGCUGCCCGUCCAGUUGGCCUACAGAGGGGUGCCCUUGGGAGUCACUGUUGGGAGCCAGGGCUGGGCAGGGCCUGGGCUGGUGGGGUCCCACCCUCCCGUGAGGGGUGGGCUGAGACCCGGCUGAGUGCAGCGUGGUGUUUCCCUUUCUGGGGGCCUGAGGUCUUGUCACCUGGGCCUGUGCCCCCAUGGUAACCACAGGCAGGAUGGGAGGGGGAGCGGGAGCCUCUUUCUGCCUCUUUCUCCCCAGGCCCCCCGGCCCAGGCCUGUUGACCCAUGCCCCAGGACCCCUUCUUGUUUGCAGAGCCUGAGGAGCCUUCCUGUCCCCUCGGGCAGCUCUUUGUUGCUUCUCUCUUCCCACCUGGCAGCCUCGGCUCUGCACCCCUCACCCUGGCCCGCUGCCCCCUUCUCAUCCAGCACUUCCUUCUGAGCCAGGGCCCUGGGGUUUGGGAAGCCCGCUUGCUCUUGGUGGGGGUCAGCCGAGGGGGCUGCUGGGCUGGCCACGGGGCCUGGGUGGGUCAGGCCUGAGACCCAGGGCACCAGUGUGGUGUCUGCUGGGCUGGAGACAGGACUGGGGAGAGACACCCCAACCUCCUAAGGUGGGGCUGGGGUGUCAUCUCCUGCCGGUCGGGGGAGGGCUCUGUCCCUGAAAGAGUCCCCUGUGGGGACCAAAGUAAGUUUCCUAAUGUCUCCAGCUCCUGGCUCUGGUUUGGGGGGUGGGGGGUUGCCAGAGCCCUGGGGGCCUGGGAGGAGCAGGAGUCCAAGGAUGGCCCAGGUGCCCGCCCUCUAGUGGGGUCCGGGGAGCAGUGCCUGAGCCCCUGGAAUGGCCCAGUGCGCGGGAGCUGACCCAGUGCCCUUCUAGAGGCCACAGGCCCGGCCAGGAUGGAGCGUGCAGCCAGUACUGGUGCCACAGCGUGGGACAAUGUGAACACGGACUCGAAGACAUGGCCCCUUUUUUGUAGUUCUUGAUUUUUUUUUAAUGUGCCCUUAUUGUUUAAAAAAAAAGAAAAAAGAAAAGCAAACCAAUAAAACACCUUUAAGAGGCUUGAGAGAUAA